AUGGCGUCCAACCAAAAGAACACUGCCACCGGCCAGAACGAAACCGCGGACUCCGUCCAGUUCGUCACGAACACCCUAGGCAACACGGUCGGCGGGGUCGUGGGCACGCUCGAGAUCGGGCAGCCAGUCGGCAACGUGGUGGGCGGCAUCGGGACAGGCGUCGAGAGUCUGCUCAACAACGUGGCUAAGCGUGUAGAGGAAGCCGGAAAGCAAAAGUAG